AUGAUCGAAUCUUCGUAUUCCGUUAGGUUUCACCCUCAUCUUGACACAUCUUUUGAAGAGGAGGACAAGGACAAUAUGUUGGAGGACAUGAAGAACACCGACCGCCUGUCUUCUGAAGACCUGAGAGGGAUCCAUCUGGAGAUUCUAAAUCUUCAGAAAAUACUUGGAAUCGGCGAUCGUUUCGGCGGAAUCGGAACGAGUUCAGAUGAAUCCGAUCACUUCAAGCUGUUGGCUGCUGAUGGUGAUUCACUUCUUGUCGGAGCCAGAAAUGCCGUCUACAAUCUGUCACUAUCUACACUAUCUGUUAAUCAUAAGAUCGACUGGAAGCCACCAGCAGAACACAUCGAAGAAUGCAUUAUGAAGGGGAAAUCCAAGACAGAUUGUCAAAAUUAUAUUCGAGUUCUGGCACGGAAAUCAGCUGGAGUCUCUCUAGUCUGCGGAACUCAUGCCUUCUCACCGAAAUGUCGAGAAUAUACUGUAACCGAUUACGGUAUCAGGAACACACGACAAUUCGAUGGACAAGGAAUUUCACCGUAUGAUCCGAAACACAAUUCAAGUGCAUUGUAUAUACCGGGAACUAAUCAAUUGUAUGCUGCAACUGUUACCGAUUUUGUGGGAAAUGAUGCUUUGAUUUAUAGAAAGACAAUCGACGAAACUGCCUCUACUAAAUCGGCGAACAUUCGAACACAAAGUUACGAUGCGAGAGUGUUAAACGCUCCAAACUUUGUUGCAACAUUUGUUUAUAAAGAGCAUGUCUACUUCUGGUUCCGAGAAAUCGCCAGUGAAGCAAUCGAUAAUAAUGAGGAGUCACAGAUCUAUGCUCGUGUCGCACGUGUGUGCAAAAAUGACAAAGGAGGUGCUCGGCCAGCUAAUGAAAGAUGGACAACUUAUUUAAAAGCAAGACUCAACUGCUCUCUGCCAUCAGGAUCUUCACCAUUUUAUUUCAAUGAGCUCAAAGCUGUCUCUGAUCCGAUCGAUGCUGGAAAUAACGAUCAUGUUGUCUACACAGUGUUCUCUACUCCAGAUUCUGAUGUUCGAAUGAGUGCUGUUUGCAAGUUUUCAAUGAAGAAAAUUCGAGAAGAAUUCGAUAAUGGAACUUUCAAACAUCAGAAUAAUGCUCAAUCGAUGUGGAUGGCUUAUAAUCGAAACGAAGUUCCAAAGCCUCGUCCAGGAUCGUGUACUCCAGAUUCCACAAAACUUCCAGAGAAUACAGUGUCCUUCAUUCUUCACCAUCCACUUCUUCAUCGUCCAAUUUCUGCUGUGUCCGCUCCUUUACUCGUAGAAGGUGCAGAUAGAGCAGAUUUGACACAAAUUACUGUAUUGCCACGUGUCAAAGCAGUCGGAGGUCAUUCAUACGAUGUUCUUUUCAUUGGAACAUCCGAUGGAAAAGUGUUGAAAGUGGUUGAAGUUGAUGGAAAUGCUACAGUAAUCCAAGCAGCUAUAGUUUUCCAAAAAGGAGUUCCUGUCGUGAAUCUUCUGACAACUAAAGAUAAUGUAGUCAUUGUUUCAUCAGAUGAAAUCGCUUCAUUACCUGUACAUAAUUGUGCACAACAAACGAGCUGCUCAAAAUGUGUUCAACUUCAAGAUCCACAUUGUGCAUGGGAUUCAAGUAUUGCAAGAUGUGUUCACGGAGGAUCCUGGACUGGCGAUCAAUAUAUUCAGAAUAUGGUAUUCGGACAAUCAGAACAAUGCCCCGAAGGAAUAAUUGUACGAGAAGUGUUUGAUGACAAUGAAAAUGGAGAUGCCCAACCAGAAGCAGUUUCAAGGAAUGUUUAUGCAAAGGAACACUCGACAGUUACAGUACUCCUCGUAGCUGCUGUUGCUUCGUUGAUUUCUCUGAUUAUUGGAGCAUUCAUUGGAAUUCGAAUAAAUCGAUGGACUGCCUCAUCAGAACCUCAUCGAUCAGCUAGUUCAACAAGUGGAUCAGACUAUGACAGUUUCGGAAGAGCAAGACUGACGAGACAUGAUUCCCUGACGACUGCGACAAAAGUUGAUCAUGGAUUUGUUCCACAAUCGAAACAGAGUAUGGAUGCCACGUCACUGGUAAUGUCAAUGAAUGCCACUCACCAUCCGAUGUCUAUGAGUCAACAUGGCUCAGGAAUAAACACGCCUUCUCGUGAUAAGAACGCCAUCGUCACGUCAAUUAACCAGAAUACGCUACCGAGAGAUUACAAAGUCAAAAAAGUGUAUCUCUAA